GCGGCGGCGGCGGCGCCGGCCGUGGCGGGGGCGGGGGGAAGGGCAACGGCGCUCUGCUUUUCUUCGCGGGCGGGCGGUUGUUGCUGCCAGUCCAGCUGCCGCGCCAGGAGGUUAAUCUCGCCCGUCUCUCUCGCGGGCCCAAAGGGGAACGGAGCUUGUACUUUCAUUAGGGAGAUCAGCAGCACAGUCAUGCCCGAGAUAAACACAAGUGACCUGGAUGAGCAACAAGUGCAGUUGCUGGCAGAGAUGUGCAUCCUGAUAGAUGAAAACGACAAAAGGAUCGGUUCGGAUACAAAGAAAAACUGCCACUUGAAUGAAAACAUUGACAAAGGAUUACUGCAUCGUGCCUUCAGCGUGUUCUUGUUCAAUACUGAGAAUAAGCUACUGUUGCAACAGCGAUCAGAUGCCAAAAUCACUUUUCCAGACUGUUUUACCAAUACUUGUUGCAGUCAUCCGCUGAGCACCCCACUUGAACUGGAAGAAAAUAACGCCAUUGGCAUUCGAAGAGCAGCACAGAGACGCCUGAAAGCAGAGUUAGGAAUUCCACUGGAUCAGAUCACUCCAGAAGAAAUCAUCUAUCUAACCCGAAUUCACUACAAAGCCCAGUCCAAUGGAACUUGGGGAGAACAUGAAAUAGAUUACAUCCUUUUUGUGCAGAAGAAUAUAACGCUGGAUCCAGAUCCCAAUGAAAUUAAAAGCUACUGUUACGUGACACAAGAAGAAUUGAGAAAACUCCUGGAAAAGGCUUAUCGAAAUGAAAUUAAGAUUACUCCAUGGUUCAGACUAAUUGCAGAGACUUUUCUCUUUAAGUGGUGGGAUAACUUGAAUAAUCUGAAGAGAUAUGUUGAUCAUGAUAAGAUACACAGAAUGUAACAAAACAUGCUGCUCUAAAAUGAUAUACCUUACAUUUUUCAGUGACAGACUGUUCAUUGAAGCAAUGUAUUUGCAGGUUGAUUGCAACAUAGGAAAUAGGAGUAGGCCCAUUAAAGAUGAAGGGCGUUAGGUAUUUUAUCUGUCAUUAUACAGCUGGCUUGCUCCUGGAGCAAUUUUUCUUUUCCUUUCACUUCUUGGCAUUGCAGUGCUUGGCUUAAUAACAAGCCAUUACCAAGUUUGCAUCCCUUGAAAAACCACUAGAAGUCUGAAUAUUCACUAAGCCACAACUUCAUAGGAAUAUUUAUGGCUUGAUUACAAUCUCUCCCACAGUGUGAUGUUUUCACAAUAUGGAAGAUGUCAGCUAACCAGUCUAAUUCAGUGUAGGUAAGUGAAGAGGCGAGCCUGAACCAAAUCCAUUUGACUCUAGAAGCUACCUUUUGUAUUUUGAACUAGAGUCUUAUUAAAGGAUGCAGAAAGGUUUCCUAUACUAUCCCCCUUCCAGUUAACCAGUUGAUUUUAUCUUUCAAGUAAUUAGCACUUUUAUAUUGAUACCACUGUGUUAAGGGUUUGGUUGACUUGCUUUUGAAGAACCUGUUCCCUUGCAUGCUGUACUUAGCAGAUAAGAUACACGUUCUCCAUUAGAAAAGAUAACCUAUUUCAAACCAGAAAUACUAAAAUUUCUGUAUUUGUAGACUAUAAAUAUGCCUUUCUUGUAAGAAUUAAGUUAUGAUCUAAAGGAGAGGAAAAUGUAAAUCUAAGUAACUUCUUCACAGAGCCUUGAAAAAUGCCUGAGCUAUUACAGAACCAAGUAGGGAAAGAUGCAGAUGGUUAAGAAUUAUUACGGUUUAGGGAAAAAUGGUGUUGGUGUAAAUACAGUAUGAACCAUGAACAUUAAAUUAACUUUUAAAGACUGAA